AUGGUACAAAAACCAAUUAAAUACAAUGGUGUUCUAAUCCUUACGGAUGAACCGGAAGACUUUCGUGCUGAAGAGGAUAACCGUCCUUUUUAUCUGAGAGAAUCGUUUCCUUGGACCACUAACUAUGCAACAAAACGUAAUUAUCUCAGAGAACUUCUUCACAUCUGUAGUCAGCCGCAAAUUAUGCGUUGGAGAAAGGUGAAAAAAGUGCUCAAUGUCUCGGAAGCGAAGAAAAUUGCAGAAGGAGUAUAUUGCGAGAUUUUUCUUGCUGAGUAUAAAAUGGAAACAGUCAUUCUGAAGUUGAUCCCUAUUGGUGAUGAUGACCAACCGAUUAAUGGAUGUUAUAUAAGCUCAUUCCGCGACGGUGUUGCAAAAUUGAUCGUUCUAAAAGAAAUUGCGGAUCUGUGUCAAGUCAAACAGGGAUAUUCUACGGAAGGAUUUGUCCAACUGAAAGGAGCGAUGGUUGUGAAAGGACUUUAUCCGUCGUCAAUGAUCUAUGCAUGGAGAGAGUACAAGCAAAAUGGGAAGUCCGACAAAUUAAAUCCGAAUCUGUUUCCUGCCAACCAAAGUUUUCUGCUUCUCUUUGCUGAGAAUGGUGGAACUAGCUUGAAAGAAUAUAAGAUUACUACUAUUCUUCAAGCGUACAGCAUCGUUUAUCAGUUGUUCAUGGCCCUUGCUGUCGCUGAAUUUCGGCUUUCAUUUGAACAUCGCGACCUGAACUGCGAGAAUAUUUUGAUUACCAGUGUUGACUGUAUUGAUACAAUCAGAAGCAAGUUUGACGGUUCUGACGUCUAUAUAUAUGCACAUGGUGCUAGAGUUAAAAUUAUAAAUUCUUCUUUCUGCAGAAUGACCAAAGGCACGUCUACAAUAUAUUUUGAUUGGGCAUCUAAUGAAGAAUUUUUUAUGGGUGAAGGUGAUUCCGAACACAUUGCUUUUCAAACAAUGCGUAGAAUAAGCAAAAACAUUUGGCGACCGUUUCAUUCCAUGACAAACGUUCUCUGGUUGGCAUAUAUCAUUGAUUUCAUCCAUGAUCAACUGAAAGAAUCAAAUGUUGGCAGUACGGAAGAACGUACUGCAUUUUUUCUUCAUUUCAAAUGUCUGCAUCGUUAUGCUAGUGCAUGGAAAUGGAUUCGCGAUCACAUUGAUAAACACAUGAAGAAGGAUGUUAUUGAGAAGGAAGAGCCACAGAAAGCAUGA